AUGGAGGUGAGGAAGGCAAGGUGGAGGUCUAGGAAGCAGGGUGACGAUGAGGAAGGCACGGUUGGGGUGGGGAAGGCACUAGAUCAGCUGCGGAUCUCUUUCUCUCCACUCCACCCCACGCCACUCCACGACCACCAACCCACCCUACCUCCGCUGCACAUCCCCAUCGGCCACCGGGCCUCCACUCCACAACUGCACCGAUCUACCGUUCCUUCACUCCAUAACUCUACCGAUCUACCGUUCCUACACUCCAUAACUCCACCGAUAUACCCCUCCACAAGCCCACCGCUCCACCGUGCCUCCACUCCACAAAUCCACCGAUCUUCCUCUCCUCCACUCCACAACCCCCACCGCUCCAACUUGCUUCCGCUCCACAAUUCCACCGAUAUACCGUUCCUACCCCCCAAAACUCCACCGAUCUACCGCUCGACAACCCCAUCGUUCAUCGUGCCUCCACUCCACAACACCACUGAUCUUUCUCCCCGACACCCCACAACCCGACCGUUCCACCGUGCCUCCACUCCACAGCCCCACCGCUCCACCGAGCCUCCACUCCACAAAUCCACCGAUCUUCCUCUCCUCCACUCCAAAACUCCACCGAUCUACCGCUCGACAACCCCAUCGUUCAUCGUGCCUCUACUCCACAACACCACUGAUCUUUCUCUCCGACACCCUACAACCCCACCGUUCCACCGUGCCUCCACUCCACAACUCCACCGAUAUACCGUUCCUACCCCCCAAAACUCCACCGAUCUACCGCUCGACAACCCCAUCGUUCAUCGUGCCUCCACUCCACAACACCACUGA